UCUCUCUCUCUCACACACAUAUACGACGAUUCCAUUUCAUUCCAUUCAGAUUCAUCAUCAGAAGAAGUUGAAAUCAUGACGACGAUCGAUUGAGAUUCCUAUUGCUUGAGCACACCACAACCUUCCUUCUUCUUCUCUAGUGAAACGCUUUCGAUUCGAUCCGACUCAGCUUUUCUUUUUGGAUCGGUUUCUUUGGUUUCCCCAUAUCCAUUUCAAUCAGUUUGUAGUGAACGAAAGAUCUCAAAGCUGGGCUCUGUUGUGUUCGAUGGUAUAUAUGAAUAACUCAAUCUCGGUCUGCAAUCCCGUCGACCAACCAGCUAUGCCUAUGCCCACCUCUUCUUCUAGACCCACCCGUAAACUUAACCCAACUUCAUCAUCAUCAUCCCCCACCUCCUCCUCUUCCAACUUCCCCGUCUGCGAAGGCUCUCACUCCGCUGCCAUCGAUGUCCUCCUCCUCAUCGCCGUCAUCACAGCCUGCGGCUUCCUCUUCUUCCCUUACCUCAAACUCAUCACCCUCACUUCCAUCCACGUCUUCUCUGAUAUCUCUCUCUUAGUCAAACAAGAGAUUCUCCAGAACCCUAUAGUGUACGGAUCUUUAGCUCUGAGUGUCUUCUGCGCCGCCAUCUCCACUUGGCUCGUCAUUCUCUUGUGUACUAUGCACAGAUGCGGGAAGCCCAAUUGCAAAGGGCUUAGGAAAGCUGUUGAGUUUGAUAUUCAGAUUGAGACUGAGGAAUGCAUCAAGAGCUCUAACAGCAAUGGGAAAAGGGGGAGGGUUGAGUUGCCUCGUGUCCAUCACCGAGAGUUGGAAGCUGAGUUGAAGAAGAUGGCGCCUCCUAAUGGAAGGGCCGUGCUUGUUUUCAGAGCUAGGUGUGGUUGUUCUGUUAGGAGAUUAGUGGUCUCGGGGCCAAAGAAACAGCAGCGGAAGAUCAAGAAGUGAAAAAAAAUGAGAUAUGGGGAUGGUUGUUAUACUUUUCUUUUGUCACUUUUUUUACAAAGAACUUAUAUAUAUGUUAAAUCUAUGUGUUAAAAAAUAAAGGUACAAUCAAUGGGAAUAAGCCUUGUAAGGAUAAUGUGGGAAAACUGGUUAUAGUGAAAUGAACAUUUUGGUUAUU